AUGUCACCCGCGUCCAAGCUUCCUAGAGCCACCCUCGCUCAAAAGAUCCAAGUGCUUGACUUUUAUCACCUGUCAAAACGACCUCAGCUGGAAACAGUAGAUAAGUUCAAGGAUGAGUUUUCUAUAUCCACGUCAUCCCUAAGUGAAUGGCUCAAGAUUGAGAAAGAACUAAGACUGCGAAUGAAUAGUGAUGGUGCCCCAUUCCUCAAGAAUAGUAAACGAAGAGCCAGGUUUAAAUACGAGAGGAUCAAUCAGGCCAUGGACUUGUUAGUUAAACGAAGAUUAGAAAGAAAUGAACCGAUAACUGAACCUAUUUUACGAGAACAUUGGGCAAUUUACGCGCACCAAUAUGGGGUCGAUAAUCCCAAAAGAUUAAAUAAUUUUAGUCAUGGAUGGUUAAGCCAGUUUAAAAAAAGGCAUGGACUUAGCAAGAAAAGACUAGGUCGAGGACCCCUGAAGGGAGAAAACACCACUGUCUCUAGUUCAAAUACUGCCCUGACAUCAGCUGCAGAAGCCGGGGAUCCUGAAGAAGUCAAUGAUACUUCUUUUCCUGCAUUAUCAACCUCAGAAGAUGCUGAGAAUUAUGACCCACAAUUUAUGGGUAUUCCCGAGUCUGAAACUGGAAAUGGUGGUACUAACAAAGACCAACAUUCUCCCUCUGUAGUGGUGGAAGAAGCCAGAAUUAGUUCGGAGCCAACAAGAGAAAGAUCACGAUCUAGAAGUAAUAAGCGGACCAACAAUUAUUCCAACAAUAACAGCAACAUUGAACAAGUAACUUAUGACUUGAUGGCAGCUGCACCUCGAACAACUACCGACUCAAACAAUUCCGCACCUAGAAACCAGUUCCAACCUCAAGAAGGAUUAAGUUUCACCAAUACUGCUGCUUCAGUUGGUCUCUCAAGUUUUGGAAUGUACAAUGAUGGAAAGAAUCAGGUCAUGCAUCUGACUCAUCAAAAACAAAAGCACUCCCAACAUCACCAACAACAUUCAUCUAGUCUGCGAGUUUCUUCUUCAACUGAAUCCGAAUAUCUUAGCCACAAUCAAACACAUCUUCUACAACAGCAACAGCUAAAAAAACAAGCCCAACAGAUGCAACUACAACAGCAACAGCAGAAACAACAGCAACAACAACAACAACACCGGGACCAACAAUAUAGUGAUAGUAAUCUUGAAUAUCAACAGAAAAUCUUUGAGAAACAAAGGCAACAGUAUGAACAAGCAAGGGGCACCCCUUCUAGCACCACUUCUACUAGUCAUAGAACUGGGAUUCAAACUUAUGAGGGAGUUAAUAGCAAUUCACGUGCUUCUCCUAGUCAACAACAGCAUUCUAAUUCAAGUACACCUAGACCUGAAAGUAUCAGUGAUUUGAAUAGAGCUAUUAAUGCCUCCGACAUUGAAAGAUUUAUUUAUGUUUUUGCAGAUCGAUUUUUCCAUGUUCAUCAAUAUGAAUAUCCUCAGACUGUGAAGAUUUUUCAAGAUUUCAAAGAUUCAUUCUUCAAUGAACGGAUUAUAAAUAUGCGAUCUGGCCAGCAAGGGUCGACAGGACAACAGCAGUCGCAACAACAACCAUCGCAGCCACAACAACAACCGCUGCAACCACCACCACCACCACCACAACAACAACAACAACAACAACAGUCGCAGUCACUUCCACCAACCCAGCAACAUCACCACACAAUGCAACUGCUUCAUUCUUCGCACCAUCAUCAACAAAAACACUCACAACAGCAUGUACAACAGAAUUCAAGACUCUCACCGUCAUCACAAUCCAUGUUGCAGUCUCCAGUUCCUAUGGGUGUAGCUAUACAAAACAAUUUACAGCAUUUACAAACCCAUAGUGCACCGUUGAUGGUUCCAACCGCAAUGAAACUGCUGCACCAUAGGCAACAGAAGCUCCAUCGUCAACAAGCUCCGACGUUACCUACACCAUCUGGUAGUCAAGUUUCGCAACCAGAACAAAGAAUUUCUCAGAUUUUGAACCAGCCAACCAUGGAUGAUUUGCAAUUGCGACAGGAUGGGCAGUUGCAACAACAGGAGCGACACCAACGUCAACAACAACAACAACAACAACAACAGCAGCAACAGCAGCAACAGCAACAGCAACAACAGCAACAACAUCAACAACUUCAACAACAGCAACAGCAACAACAACAGCAACAACAGAUCAAUGAGUUAUUUAUGCGAUCAAUCACCGGGCAAGGAUCUAUGAUGCAAACCUCAAACCAGGGUCAAAAUCAGAUAAAUGAUGGUAUUUUAACAAGGGUAACGCGAAGUUCAAGUAAGCUACUGGGGCCCAGAGGCGGGAUGAAUAAGAGAUGGAACGAAGAAAGGUGA